AUGGUUUUGUUCGAGCUUACGACAAAGACUAUGUACAUUAUUGUAAUAGUCAGUUUAGUGAUAGUGAAGUUUUGCAUCACGUUUACUAUAGUGGCGUGGAUCAGAACCAGACCGAAGGCAUUCAUUUCCAACGUGAUCGAUGACGCAUUAUCGACGUCCAUGUCAACUGUAGUGCUGUUUCGAAAUGAUUCAAGAUCUCGGAUGGAGAUCCUGGACGAGAUGAAAGAAGUGUUAUCUUCGCAAGGGCCAAAAGACCUAAGCGAAAUUGUAUUUGAAGACACCUUCAAUAUUGAGUUUCUAAAAUAUUUGGAAGAUUGUGAACUUGAAAUCAGACGAAUAGACAGUAAAUGUGGGAAGAGACCGGCGUUCAAGGCAAAUAAUGCAGCAAAUAAUUCAAAUUGGGCAGCAUUUGAGGGAUUUAUCUACGAAUGUCUUGGUUUGAAUCGUGAAAAUAAUCUCUUCCCCGACGCUAACGCCUUCUCCAAAGUUGAAUCCCUCAUUCAAAUGCAUCGCAGUGGUGAAAAUAUGUCAGAAUGGUUUGAAGAAAAUAAGAAGGAAAUUUAUUCGCUAUACGAUAAGACGUACAGUUUCAUUGUUGGUGUGAAUGAGUAUCAUGACCAGGAAUCGUUGAGAACGAAGCAGGGGUUUCUUAUGACUAGCAUCACGAAUGCUCUGUGGGAUCAGUGGGAAGAAUAUGAGAAAAAAAAGCGCAUCGAGAAGAAGUUCAUAGCUUUCUCCAUGCAGGAUUGGUUGCUGAUGGCAUUUCUUCAUUCACUUGGGUGUGGAAAAGAAGCGCUAGGUUCCGCGACCCCAGAUAAUAAUGCCACAAUAUUUAUUAGGUUGUACGAACGGAAGAAUAGACCGUUUGUUAGGAUAUUGUACAAGGAUAAAGUAACGGAUGCUAAAUACGUUACGAAAUGUGUGCGUGGUUGCUCCUUUGAGCCAAAAUACUGUCAUCUUGUUGAGCUCGCCAUGUGCUGCAGAUACUAUGUGACUAGCGAUGCAAAGAAAGCUUGCGAUCCUGGUUCAGUAUGA